GAUGGCGGAGGGUGCGUGAGGCGCGAUACUCCGCGCGCGAUUCCCUCUUGCUGGCGCUUGCCGCCAUGAAGGGCAAGGAGCGCUCGCCCGCCAAGGCCAAACGGUCCCGCGGUGGCGAGGAUUCUUCUUUGGCGCGGAGCGAGCGAAGCAGUAAGAAGCCCAGCAACGGCGGUGGGAAAUCUGCGGGCGGCGGCUCGGGUGAGGGCGGUGGCGGCAGUAGUCGGCGGAGCCUUCAUUUGGAAAAGGCGAGUCGGGCCAGCAGCCGCGAGUAUGAAUCGGCCGCGCUGGGAGGCUCUGGGAGCGGCAGCAGCCGCCACGGCUACAGCGGGAGCAACAGCAGUAGCAAAAAUGCGGAGUCCUCCUCGUCCUCGCGUGGCAGCAGCAGCCGCGGGGGCGGCGGCGAUUCCCGCGCGCCCCCCUCCGACUCUGGCAGCAGCAGUGAGUACAAGACGCUGAAGAUCAGCGAGCUGGGCUCGGCGCUGAGCGACGAGGCGAUCGAAGACGGGCUCUUCCACGAGUUCAAGCGCUUCGGAGACGUCAGUGUCAAGAUCAGCCGCCUUCCCCCGGGUACUGGGGCUGGCGACGAGCGGGUGGCCUUUGUCAAUUUCCGCCGCCCUGAGGAUGCCCGGGCUGCUAAGCAUGCUCGCGGCCGCUUGGUCCUGUACCAUCGGCCGCUGAAGAUCGAGGCCGUUUAUGUAGGCGGCAGCAGCGGAGGGGGAAGCAGCCGGCGACGCAGCAGCCGUUCCCCCGCCCUUUUGGACAAGGAGUCUCCCUAUGGGGCCACAGCAGUGGGUGUGGCGGGGGCAGCACCUGCAACUAUCAGGCACCCUGCUACUGGGGCUACUCAGAGGGCCCUCUCUCCUGCUGGGGGAGGGGCAGGCUUAGGGUACAGAGACUUCAGAUUGCAGCAGCUUGCCCUGGGUCGUCUGCCCCCACCACCUCUGCCUCGGGAGCUGGAAAGAGAACGAGACUAUAGUGGUUUCUAUGAUCGCGUAAGGCCUGCAUACAGUCUGGAUCGAGUUGCAGGAGUGGCAGCUGCUGCAUUUCGUGGGGUUGGUAGUACAGGAACAGCCACUGAAGAAGAGAUCAGUCCCGAAGAUGACCAGAGAGCUAACCGCACCCUAUUUCUGGGUAAUUUGGAUAUAUCAGUUACAGAGUCAGACCUUCGGAGGGCAUUUGAUCGCUUUGGGGUUAUCACUGAAGUGGAUAUUAAGAGGCCAACCCGAGGUCAAACUAGCACAUAUGGGUUUCUUAAGUUUGAGAACUUGGAUAUGGCCCACCGAGCUAAGCUUGCCAUGUCUGGGAAAGUGCUAUUGCGUAAUCCUAUAAAAAUUGGCUAUGGUAAAGCAACCCCCACCACACGACUCUGGGUGGGUGGUCUGGGACCAUGGGUACCAUUGGCUGCUCUUGCCAGGGAGUUUGACCGCUUUGGUACUAUUCGUACCAUUGAUUAUCGUAAAGGUGACUCAUGGGCCUACAUCCAGUAUGAGAGUUUGGAUGCUGCGCAAGCUGCUUGUACCCACAUGCGUGGUUUUCCUUUGGGUGGGCCAGACCGUCGCCUACGUGUGGACUUUGCUGACACUGAGCAUCGGUAUCAGCAGCCGUAUUUGCAGCCAUUGCCACUUCCACCCCCUGCUCACUAUGAGCUGGUAGCAGAAACAUCAGCCUUUGGAGCACAUCGUGGAGCCCCACCAGAUCCACUCCGUGGUGCUCGGGACAGAACUUCCCCACUGCUCUAUGGAGAUCGUGACAGAGACUUGUAUGCUGAGACAGAAUGGGUGCCUCCUCCACCUCCAGUUCGGGACCGAGGCAACCGAGCAACUGUCUAUGAUGCACUUGAAAGUCUGGAACGGCGUCGAGAUGGUUGGUCUCUAGAAAGAACUCGUGGGGAAAGGGAGCUGGGUAGCAGUAAUAGAGACCCACCUAGGAAGCGAAGGCUAGUGGAGGAUGGGGGUCGACAUUUGGACCGAUCACCAGAUAGUGAACGGUCAUCUUCAUCUCGCAAGCGUCACUGCCCUGCUGCAGCAUCUCCUCAAGAUCAUAGUCCUGAAACAGGCUUGAUUAGAGACCGCUAUAGUACUGAUACAGAUCGGCCCUCUUCUCGCUUACUCUUGUUGGAUCGUCCUUCCCCAGUCAGAGAGCCACGUAAGGGGAGUUUGGAGAGAGGCCAGAAUGAGAAGCGGGAGCAUAAGAGUUCAGUAGAAAGAGAAAGAAAACAUCGCACGCUUGCAUCUGCUGCCAUCCAAGAGUGCAAGAGUCCAGCUAAAAAGGAUGAGCAUACUUCCGAAGGGAGCGGUAGCAGUGGAUCUCGGCUGAAACCACCCCAAAAGCAGCAGCAGCAGGAUGGAACCUCAAAGUCGGGGUCGUCUACCAAACUCUGCCUAGCCUGGCAAGGAAUGCUUCUGUUGAAGAACAGCAACUUUCCAUCAAACAUGCACCUACUUCAAGGUGACCUCAGUGUAGCUAGCAAUCUCCUGGUGGAAGGAACAACUGGCGGCAAAGUGGCCCAACUAAAGAUCACACAGCGACUUCGUUUGGACCAGCCCAAGUUGGAUGAAGUUACCCGCCGUAUCAAAGUGGCAGGGCCCAACGGAUAUGCUAUUCUCCUUGCUGUGCCUGGUACCACAGACAACCGUGCCUCAUCUGGGGCUGGUGAAGCUAAUACCACCUCUACCCAGCGGCCAUUAAGAAACCUGGUGUCCUAUCUUAAACAAAAACAGGCAGCUGGAGUGAUAAGCCUCCCAGUAGGAGGCAACAAAGACAAAGAAAACAGUGGGGUCUUGCAUGCUUUCCCCCCCUGUGAUUUUUCUCAGCAGUUCCUGGAUUCUACAGCCAAGGCCCUGGCUAAAUCAGAGGAUGACUAUUUGGUCAUGAUCAUUGUUCGUGGUGCAUCUUAAAGCCCUAAUGCUUUCUGUGCUCUAUCCUGCUGCUUCAUACAACUCCCCCUCCUCCAGUGUCUGCCAGGUGCUAAGCCUUAGCCAGCUCCCUAAGUAUAAUUUUAGAUCUGUAGUUACUGUUAUUUUCCCUUUAUUUUCUAUAAACUCUAGAGAGCAAAUAUAUUAACUGUUCACUAGGCUACCCUCAGCUGUUUUGCUAGUGACAGUGUAGCAAGAAGGGAUGGUCUGCUUUCACUAAAAUAUGAAACAUUGAACAAGCUUGCCUCCCUCUUCUUUUUUUAGCUUUUAACUUGUCCUUGUUCAUUUCACAACUUUAAAGUAGGUAUAAAAACUCUUUGCUACACUUACAUUCUAAAUUGUCAUACUUAAAACAUUCAUGGUUCAUUCAGAGCCAUAUGCCUAAAAAGAGAGAAUUGCCCACUGAGCCCUGCAGCUUCCAUAAAAACUAUAGUCUUGAAUUCAGAAUAAUUCCUAGCUUACAAAAUGUAAAACUGAGUUGAAUUAAUUCCUGGUUGAGUCCCCUGAGGCAGCUGAUACUAAGCUUUCAUGGUGCACUGUAGUUUUCUUCCACUUGGGUUUUCAGUUUUUUGGUUUUUUUUACCAAAUUCAGAGAAAUGCAUACCCACAAAGAGUGCUCCUAACUGGUAUUUUGCUUUGUUGAUACUUUAAACUUGUAUGCAUUUAAGGGUUGUAGUUGUAAUACAUGAUAAAAGCUGAGAGCUUUACUAUAACCCAUGAACAUCUUGUAUUCAAGAGGCAGGUGGUUACUUGUAUCAUUGUUCUUAUUGCCCAAUGCCAAUUGUAAUAGGCACAAUGAAUUCCAAAGUAUAACUUGGAAAUGCAUCUUUCAAAGAUGGCACUUAACUUUUUUUUAGAAGUUCUGCCACAUAACCAUUUCAAUUAUCAUUUUAUCCCUGUGGAAAUAGAAAGGAAUAUUACCUGCUCAAUAUUUUUCAGGUAAAAAUAUUACCUGAAAUAGGCAUUAUGCAAGGUUUUAUAGUCUGGUUUGCACUGUUUUAAUCUUGACACUUUUGCAUUCAUCUUGUAUUUCUAAAUGUUGGGGAAACAAUUCAGUUUACUAAAAGAACAUAAUUUGUUUGAAAGCAAGACUUUAAAAGCAGUUGUUCAAAAAAAAUACGUGAUAAGGCUUAGGCAGAAAAAACCCAACAGUUUAAAGGUGUGGCUUUAUUGCUUGAUCUCUUCUCUGGUCCAGUAUUUCUGUUAGUUUGCAAAGCCACUGUACAGUAACAAAGAAUAUUGUUUCUCAUGUGGUGUAAACUGCUCAAGUAUAAAGAAGUACAGUUAGUUGAAAAGUGGCUUAGUGAAACACUGCUCAGUGAAAUAAUAUUGAGAAAUGUGCUGUUCCUAAAGUCAUUUUUUCAAGUGGAGCCUCGCUUCUGAAACUACUUUGCCCUUUCACUUUUUGAUACUGUGGGUGCAGUAACCUAAAUCCCACAAUACCGAAAUCAUACAAAUUGAAAAUUGUUUUGUAAUAAAAGAAACUUGGAACUAUGAACUCAAUUAAAUUUCAGUAGCCACUAUUAUAGGCAAAGUCACUAAGACAGAUUUAUGUUGCCUAUACUGUGUAACACAAAUAUUACUGGGUUAUCCAUAUUAUUGCAUUUGUCAAAUGCUGGUGGCAUACAUAAUGAGUUCUCUUAGUGGAUUGAUUUGGAGAAGAAAUUUGUUCUAUGUUGAACUAACAUAUUAAUUUAAAAGCCACCCUUGUACUUUUUGAAAAUCUUUAAGGCCAGAUUCAGAAAUCAAACUUGUCAGCAAUAGUGUGCAUACUGAUAUACAAUACUCUCCUUUGUUUAAAAAAAAUCCUACAGAACUUGAAUUUGAAGUAAACUGUUGGAACAUACUGGCAUUUUAGGCAACUUUUGGGAAUUGGUGUUGGAAAAAUCUACACCAUGGAUUUCUUUUUCUAUUUUAAAUGAAAAUUAUGUUCAUUGCUUCUUGUCAUGAUUUGAACUGGGUAAAGGUUAUAUGAAAUGGGCAGUUCAGUUUUUCCAAACCUUUAAGAGUUUUUGCUUUUAAAAAAAGAAGACAGUCCAUUGAUAGCUAUAGAAAGAAAAAAAAAUUUAGGAGUCCAAUUUAGACUAAAAUGAUAACCAACAUUGACAUAGCACUUAGUUACAACUGCUAUAGCAUCUAAUUAUAGGCUUUUUGUUUGUUUGUAUAUGUGUUAGGACAAUAGCAGUGCAAUUUCUUCAUUUCAGCCAACCUGCCAAAAGUUCAGCAUAGCAAAAGUUAAGUUUUGCUACACAUCUGUAUAGAAAAAGAGGAUUGUAGUCUUCUGUAUAUGGCAUUAUGAAGCUUUAGUAAGAGCAAUGUGUAUUUGAAUGCUACACGUGUUCAGAAAUUUGUUUCCGGAGUUACAACAUUAGAAUGGAGAAUGUCUUUUCUUGAGAGUCACUUAAUGCCACUUUUGUAGGGCUGGAUAGGAAAAUCUUAACUGGCUUGUCAUUAGAAUUUAAAUUCUGUAAUUGGAAACUUAAGGGACUGGGGGCUUCCCUUUACUGUUAGCCAGGGGCUAUGCAUCUUGACAGUUCAUCAUACCAGGUUGGCUGGCAGUGGAGCAUGAAUUUAAGGCUACCUCAUUUACUGGGAUCCACUUUUGUGUUUUAUACAGUUGCUUCCCGUUUUGGAUUGUUGAAGUUAGAACACUGGGAGGCAAGAUUAGCAUUUUUAAAGCUAAUAUAUUUUGUGUGGGUCUUUUCUUCCCAAGAUAUAUAAGGGGGAAAGGAAGAAACCUUCCUUAGGUAAUUUAAGCAAGUAGUAGGAGUUUGACUAUUUUUUAAGAGUAAAUGAAUGUAGGAAUACAUCUGAAAGGCCAGUCGUUUGAUGAAAAAUGGAAAAGUUAAAGGUAGCUGCUUAAGCAUAAGAAAGAGUAAUCCAUGUAGGGUACCUGAUUGAAUGGCUUGGAAAAUGAAGAAAUCAUUGUAAAAUAAUUUGAUGUAUGUUGAUUUCCUUGCCUUCCAUUUUUUCCCCUAUAGAGUAAACAAUAUUAGCUAUUCCAGCUAUUCAGUCACUGAAGAUACAUAUUUCCCAUUAUAGUAUCCAAACUAAAGUAUUUUGGAAAAACUAGGAAAAUGCACACAGAUGUGGGAUGGAGAGAUUCUGAUGCAUAUUUUUAGCUAGUUUUCUCCAGUAACUAAUGAGUCUGCAGCUGGAGAUAACAUAGCAAUGUGAGUAAAAUAUACUUACAAACAGAAUGCUAAAUUUCAUGUUCUUGUUUGGGUUGACUUUUUGAAAGUGAGAGAAAUUGUGUGAAUUGUGAAAAUUCAGUUGAUUUUUCUCCUGUAUGUUUUUUUAAGCAGUACAGCUGAAUUUUUUCAAUCUGUACCCUAUAUUUUAACCUCCUGAACUACUGUCCGUGCAUUUAUAUACAGAUGUUAAUUCAUUUCAAAAGCUUUGUGCCAGUGAAGGGUGAUUUGGUGCUUUCAGACAUUACCUAGAACAUUGAGUAAUAGCCUUGUAGUUCUAACAGUUAUCUGUAAAUGUAGGGAGAAGACAGAUCUGUUGUAAACAUUUGUACUGAAUAACCUCUUCUUUCCUCCUGAAAGCAAGGCUAGUGAAGUGCUGAAGACAACAAGGGAUUCCAAACUCUAAUGGACCUUUGCGAAGAAAAGCGUUGGCUUAUGUGGAAUUUACAUGGGCCUCAUGGAAGAAAGCUUAUCUGUUUAGUAUUUGUGCAUUUUACUAAAAUGGCAGCUUUAAAAGUUGUGUAUCUGCUAUUUGUGAUGCCAAUGCCCAUGUUUUUAAGUGGAAAAUUGACCUCUUUGCUUUGUGCUGUGUACACAAGAUUUCUGCAAAAGUAAAGGAAAAAAAAACCUUUUUAUGGCUCACACAGCUUAAAAUAGCUGUCACUCAAAACAUGCGCUCACAGUCGAGCUGAUUUUGUUUCAUUCUAAAUAAAUUGUUUCUUUUGAGGAAA